GAAAAAAAAAAAAGGAUGUCGGAAGUUUAUCGGGGUCGGAGCGACGUGAUUCCCGAUCUAAUAGAAGAUAUAUUUCUACGACUGCCAUUGAAAUCAAUCCUCAAAUUCAAAACCGUCUCAAAACAAUGGAGAUCGAUCCUGGAGUCGAGGAGCUUCGUGGAGAGUCGAAUGAAAGUUCAGAAGAAGCCGAAAAUCCUGGCCGCCGGAGACCACCGGUCCCAGUCGCUAUUCAGAGAAGGAGACACAGAGGAGAUCGAUAUAGUCUAUAUAAACUCCCGUGACGCCGCCACAAGACCGUCGCUGACGUGUGACGGUUUGGUUUGCAUCCCCGUACCAGGUUGGGUCAACGUUUUAAACCCUUCCACCGGAGAAUUCGUUAGUUUCCCUUCCGGGCCAGAUCCAGUGACCAACCACUACGACGACAACUUGAUUUUCACCGAAACAUGGUGGAAUAUUUUUCCUGCAUAUUGGGCAAUGGGAGUCGGUAGGGACAAAGUUAGUGGCAGCUAUAAAGUUGUGAGGAUGUUCUUUGAUCCUAUACCUUACUGCGAGAUUCUUGAUGUCGACAUUGGUGAAUGGAGGGAAGUGAAGCCGCCUCCUUACAAGGUUGAACCGAGAAGGAAGCCUGCGUUUGUCAAUGGCUCCCUCUAUUGGAUAGAGAUGAUUAAAAGUGACAAUGUAUUUGCUUUGGAUCUUCACACAGAGGAGUUCCGUGAUGUUGUCCCAUUUCCGCCAACUUGUGCUGUAGCAGACCAACUAGUGAACCUUGAGGACCGUUUAGCCAUAGUCACAGCUUAUACUAAGCCUUGGGAAUUUGAGAUACGGGUCUUGGAUGAGCAAGAAGAAACUUGGAGCUUGGUUUACUCCAUCAGUUUAGCUAAUUCCGGAGUCUUUUCCCGUCGGCAGAGGAGCGUGUGGUUCAGGCCAGUGGCGGUUUCUAACAGUGGGAACCUUUUCUUCCAUGACAACGAGAGAAGGUUGUUCAAAUACUACCCAGAGACAGAUCAAGUCGUUUGCCUCUCUUCAGACAUUUGUGUAGUGUCUGAUUUCGUUGAGAAUCUGGUCUCACUUCGUCCAAGGACUUCAUCAGUGUACCGAUCUGGAUUUCACUAUCAAGACCACGUACCGGGAUCUCCGAAACGCCAAAUGUUUAGCUGGAUCAAGUUGCGAAUCCCAAAUGUUUUGCUUGCCACCACUCUAGUGUCUUCUAUAAUCAUUUUCCGCUAUUUUGCUGGUUCGUCUAGGUCUUGAUAUUAUUAUCUAUAUGAUGCUCUUUUCAUCUUUCUAUUAACGCUUGGUGAAUGCUCGUGUACCUACGGGUUUUCAUAUUCAUAUUGGUUUAUGCUUUUAUGCAUCUUAUUUCUUACACGCAUUUUGUCGGUUUUAGGCAGUGUCCUGAAUACGGUCGUAUGUAUAAGGCGGUGACUUACCGAACUGGAUUUAUUGUAUUUUUAAACUAUUUAAGCAGCAUGAAAGCAA